AUGUCACUUCGCAUUAAUCAAAAGGGUUUUUUUACCAAUGCAAAUAGAACUCGAAAUGUCGAUACAACGACUAAUAGGCAGCAACGUGAAUGUGAAGAGGCUGUUGAAAAUAAUUUUCAGAGAUUUCUUCAUCAACAAGCAAGUGUUGGAUUGAAAGAUCCGCCGCUUCUUCGUGAUAAACAUCUUACAUAUUUACUCAAAGGUCUUAUACAUUUGUCAUCAAGCUUUGAAUCACUUGAUGCUAGUCGUCCAUGGCUUGUCUAUUGGAUAACACAAUCUCUUUAUUUACUUAAUGAAACAUUAUCGAAUGAUUUCAUCGAUGAUAUUUGCAACUUUUUACAUCGAUGCCAACAUCCUGAUGGCGGAUUCGGAGGUGGUCCUGGUCAAGUAGCUCAUUUGGCUCCAACUUAUGCAGCAGUUAAUGCUCUUUGCUUGUUAAGAAAUAAAAAAGCCUAUAAGGUCAUCAAUCGUGAAAAGUUAUCGGCAUGGUUAAAAACAAUUCGCGAUCCGUCGAAUGGAAGCUUUAGUCUUCAUGUCGAUGGCGAAUCAGAUAUUCGCGCAACCUAUUGUGCUGCAAGUGUUGCUACUCUAUGUCAAUUAGAAGAUUUACCAGAUCUUUUUGAAAAUACUGCUGAAUGGGUUUCAAAUUGUCAAACUUAUGAAGGAGGUUUUGGUGCAUGUCCAGGAGCUGAAGCACAUGGCGGAUAUUCAUUUUGUGGUUAUGCUACACUUCUAUUACUUGAUCGAGAGUCGAUUUGUGAUCGUGACAGUUUACUUAGAUGGGCUGUUAAUCGACAAAUGGCCUUCGAGGGUGGUUUUCAAGGCCGUACAAAUAAACUCGUCGAUGGAUGUUAUUCAUUUUGGGUUGGCGCAAUUUUGCCUCUGAUUCAAGCUGUUCAACGAAAGAAGCCCGUACGAGAUAGUCAAGAUAAAAAUAUUACAAAUCAUCAACCACUUUUUGAUACGAUUGCUGCUCAGGAAUAUGUCCUACUCUGUUGUCAGGGAGAAAAAACAGGCGGCUUUACUGAUCGACCUAAAACUGAAGCACGUACUGAUUUUUAUCAUACAUGCUAUUGUUUAAGUGGCCUAAGUUUAUUUCAAGAUGAUGGGCAAGAUCAAACAACGGCAGUAUGUGGCGGUGAUUCAAAUGCAUUGCGUAACACGCAUCCUCUGUUCAACAUUGGACCUGAAUGUGCUCGAGAAGCCAUGGAUCAUUAUUCCAAAUAG